GACUGGGCGAGCAGUCACACUGGUUGUGCCAAGCGCUGAUCCGGAUGCAGCUGCACAGAAGCGGGCCUUGCGAUCGGCGCUGGACACGUCUAUGGUGUGCGGUGUGGACGUCGAGGACAAGCACGAUCUCAAUAAAUCCAUGGUGGAGCAAGCGAUGCUUCGCAAAAUCAUCGAGGAUACGUACAAGCGUCACACGGGAGCUGCCUUGGCCACGGCCGUCUCCGAUGUCGCCGUCGACUCUGCUGCCAAGGUGGAGACUCCUGUGAAAGAACAGGUGAAAUGGAUCUUUUCGGAGUGGGAUCUGAACGAUGACGGUCUGGUCACCGGCGCCGAGUUCAAGGAGAGCCUCGCAACGCUGUGCGAUCAGAUGUCGCCCGAGGAUGUGGAGACAGUGGUUCAAAUCGUGGAUAAGAACAAGGACGGCCAGGUGGAUGUCGAUGAGUUUCUGGAAUGGGUCUUCUCCGGUGCUGAGCAUACGGACAAGGUCCUCGCCGAGACGGCGGCGCCUUCUCCACCCGAGCCAUCCGCAGCACAGGACUCACAGGACGGGCACGCCGAAGCCACCGAAGUGGCAGAAGCAGAGCCACUGCACGAACCAGAUUUCCCGGAGCCGCCAGCUGCCCCGUCCGCAGAUCCAGAGCCGGCAGCGGCAGAGGCACCGGCGGAGCCCAGCUCCACGGAACCCGCACCACCUGAGGCAGGUGCAGAGACAGAAGAUGCUGCCGAUCUGCCAGCUGCGCCUCUUUCUGCGGUCUC